GCUCCUUUCGACUCACACUCGCACUCCAACACUCCGGGCCACACCCGCUUCACUUAAACACCGUUGUACAGCCGAUCUGACUCACACGAGUCUAUCGCUAAAAUCCGUCGUAAACCGCACCUCCAGUACAGAUUCACAAACCGGAGAUAAAUAGCACAGGCACAACAGAGAUCGGAGUUUAUCUGGUUCACCACAUAUAGAUCCCCAGGCUAGAGAAAGUCGUCCAAAAUGGAUUCUGGAAAGAAGAUCCUUCCCGUCGAGGGUGAGAGGAAUAUCCUCAUCACAUCCGCACUACCCUAUGUAAACAAUGUACCCCACCUUGGGAACAUCAUUGGUAGCGUAUUAUCAGCCGAUGUCUUCGCAAGAUAUGCUCGCGCAAGAGCAUACAACACCCUCUUCAUCUGCGGAACCGACGAAUACGGCACAGCGACCGAGACGAAGGCAAUCGAGGAAGGCGUUACGCCGAGAGAACUCUGUGAUAAAUUCAACAAGAUUCACGCUGAUGUAUACAAAUGGUUCAACAUAUCUUUUGAUCACUUCGGGCGUACUUCAACACAGGAACAGACGGAGAUUUCUCAGGAUAUCUUCAUGAAGCUGUACAAGAACGGAUACUUGGAGGAGAAGACUACGAAGCAGCCGUACUGCGAGACACACAACAGCUUUCUGGCAGACAGGUUCGUAGAAGGCGAGUGCCCUCUAUGCCACUACGAGGACGCCCGUGGCGAUCAGUGCGACAAGUGCGGACACCUGCUGGACCCCUUGGAGCUCAUCAAUCCCAAGUGCAAGCUAGAUCGCGCUACACCGGUGGUGCGGGAAACCAAGCAUCUUUACCUGUGCUUGGACAAGUUACAACCGGCCGAAGAGGAAUGGUUUAAGAAGAGCAGCACGGAGGGCAAGUGGUCUUCCAACGGUAUCCAAAUCACGUCGAGCUGGCUCAAGGAGGGUUUACAUCCCCGUGGCAUCACAAGAGAUCUGAAAUGGGGCACUCCGAUUCCCGCUGAACUCAAGGGCUUCGAGGACAAGGUCAUGUACGUGUGGUUUGAUGCCUGCAUAGGAUAUGUCUCCAUCACAGCAACGUACACCAAAGAUUGGGAGAAGUGGUGGAGGAAUCCGGAGCAUGUGAAGCUCUACCAGUUUAUGGGCAAGGACAACGUACCUUUCCACAGUGUCGUGUUUCCCUCGUCUCAAAUUGGUACCGGAGACAAGUGGACUAUGGUCAACGCCAUCUCCACUACAGAGUACCUGAACUAUGAAAAGGGCAAAUUCUCCAAGUCUCGUGGUAUUGGUGUGUUUGGCACCGAUGCGGAAAAGACCAAGGUCCCGUCGGACGUAUGGCGCUAUUACCUCCUCUCUCGUCGGCCCGAGACCGGCGAUAGCGAGUUCGAAUGGGACGGCUUCAUCUCAUCAAACAACAAUGAGCUUCUCAAGAAUCUAGGCAAUUUCGUCAAUCGCGUCAUCAAGUUCGUCAAUUCGAAGGUGUAUGACUCCAAGGUUCCUGAUUACACGAAAUUCACAGAUCCGUACUUCGAUGAGCACAGGCGGAAAGUGAAUGAACUGCUGAAGCAGUAUGUGGCAGAAAUGGAGGAUGUCAAACUACGAGCGGGUCUUUCAACGGCCCUGCACGUUUCUAGCCUGGGUAACACUCUGCUACAAGACAAUAAGCUUGACAACAAGCUUGCGACUGAGCAACCGGAUCGUUGCGCUGCCGUUGUCGGCCUUGCGCUCAGCCACAUCCACCUUCUCGCUUCGUUAAUUCAACCUUACCUACCUCAAACUUCUGAAUCCAUCCUCCAACAACUCAACGCGUCGUUCCUUACUAUUCCCGACACUUGGGACAGCAACACCAUCCCUGUGGGCCACACUAUCGGCAAAGCGGCCUACCUCUUCAGCCAGAUCAAGCCCGAGAAGGAGCAAGAGUGGCGGGAAGAGUUUGGCGGUGCUGAAGCUCGCAAGGCCAAGGAGGAGCAGGCCGCCAAGGCAGCGGCAAAGAAGGCAGAGAAAGAACGCAAGAAGGCCGCCAAGGCAGCGAAGAAGGCUGGUGAAGGUACGGCUGAUGGUACCGUCGAAGCAGCGGAGAAGGGAGGUGCCGCUGCUACGAAGACUGCGCUAGAAGAAGUUAGUGAAGGGGUCCAUCAGGUCAGCCUUCAAACUUCGUAGAGUAGAGGCAAGGGGUCGACGAGAUGGAAGGGGGAUUGAAGGAGAGAUACCCUUUUCUUUUGUGUUGCGUGAUGAUUCAAAGAGCUUUGUAAACGGAUUCAUGUAAGGGAUUUCCCAGGUCUGUUGAUCAUUUCAUAGGGAGAAUUUUGUUGACAAACUCAACGUUAUAUACUGUGAUCUCGGUUCAACAAAUGUAUUCCUUUCAUUAUCUGCACUUCACCAAUGCCGAGCGACGCAGGUUGUGUCGUCAAAUGUUCUGUGGUAUCUUUGGCAUCCACUUUGACUCUAUGUCCAACUUGUACAAGCAGUCUGCCCAUCAACAUACUCUAAACACCAAUCGCCUCCGCUUCGCGAAGCAU